AUGUAUCAAGCAAGCAAUGUCUACUUCAUCUGCUCUUUUGCGGCCAUCGGCGGCGGCCUGUUCGGCUUCGACAUCUCCUCCAUGUCCGGUGUCCUCGGCACUCAAGCCUACAAGCGCUACUUCAACAACCCAGUCUCUUACGCCCAAGGCGGGAUUACAGCCUCCAUGCCAGCCGGCAGCCUUUUGGGAUCAUUAGUGUCUUCCUUGCUCGCUGACCGGUACUCGCGGAAAGUGGCACUACAAAUUUCCUGCGUACUGUGGAUCAUGGGGUCGAUAUUGAUGGCUGCGGCGCAGAAUAUCGGCAUGUUGUGCUUUGGGCGGGUGGUGUGUGGGUUGUGUGUUGGGAUUGCGUCGUCAGUGGUGCCGAUUUAUCAGAGUGAGAUCGCACCGAGGGAAAUUAGGGGGAGGGUGGUUAGUUUGCAGCAGUGGGCUAUUACGUGGGGAAUUUUGAUUCAGUAUUUCAUCCAGUUUGGGGCGGCAGAGGGCAUUGGCGGAGGGUCGAAGGAUCCGAAUCAGCCAACGGCGGCGUUUCGCAUCCCCUGGGGCGUCCAAGCAAUCCCAGCUUUCGUCCUCUUCGUCGGCUUGUUCUUCUUCCCCUACAGCCCACGCUGGCUGGCAUCCAAGGACCGCUGGGACGAAGCCCUCAAGGUGCUCGCCAGUCUCCAUGGAAAAGGCGACGUGAACCACCCGAAAGUGCUGGCCCAAUACCAGGAGAUCGAAGAAGCCUUGCGGUUUGAGCGCGAGCAGGCUGUUUCUUCGUUCAAAGUGUACUACAUCGUCUAUAUCAUGGAAGGCGCCCAAAUGGCCUCCCCCCUUGCCACAGCCUCCAUCCAAUACGUGAUUAACGUCGUUCUAACCCUUCCCGCCAUCCUCUUCCUCGACAAAUGGGGCCGCCGCCCAUCUCUCCUCCUCGGCUCCUUCGGCAUGAUGACCUGGCUCUUCAUCUCCGGCGCCCUCCAGCAAUACUACGGCCAACCCAACACUGCCCAAACCCGCACUCCCCAAAACGCAGACAUCACUUGGCUGAUCCUCAACAAUCGACCUGUUUCCUCAGCCAUCGUCGCCUGCUCCUAUCUCUUCGUCGCCACCUUCGCCACAACUUGGGGUCCCGUCUCGUGGACCUACCCAGCCGAGAUCUACCCAUCCAAGAUUCGUGCGAAAGCAGUAUCAUUGGCGACGGCGGCAAACUGGUUUUGGAACAUGGUUCUCGCUUUCGCAGUGCCGCCGUUACUGUGGAACAUUUCGUAUAGAAUGUACUAUAUCUUUGGAGCAUUUAACGCAGCGGCGCUCAUUCACAUGUUUUUGAUGGCGCCGGAGACGAAGGGGUAUACGUUGGAGGAGAUGGAUGAGGUGUUUGAGUCGGGACGGCCGGCAUGGAAGAGAGUCAAAGGGAGUCGGUUGGAGGAGUUGGAGAGGCAGAUUGAGGCGGGGAAUCUCAAGGUUUCAGUUCCCGUUGAAUCGUCGUCUUCGGAUCCUCUGCCAGGAGAACCAGGAAUUGAGAAGACGGCUACUCGCACAAACGCUAUGGAAACGAACCCAAGAGCAUCAUAA